AUGCCGCCCAAAGAAAAGUAUACCGAUCCCGAGCUUCGCGAUGAGGUGAAAGAAGAAAUUCACCAGAGUGAUAAAGGCGGGAAACCUGGACAAUGGUCUGCGCGCAAGGCUCAACUCAUGGCCUCCGAGUACAAAAAGCGUGGCGGUGGCUACAACCAAAGUAAGGAGGAGGGGCAGGAUGAGAGUCAAAAGCAUUUGGAUGACUGGACAAAGGAAGACUGGCAGACCAAAGAGGGUAGUGGCACCGCGAAAAGGAGUGAUGGCUCAAGACAGAGAUAUCUCCCCAAGGAGGCAUGGGACAAAUUGAGCGACAAAGAGAAGGAAAAGACGGAUAAGAAAAAGGUAAGCAAUUCAAAGAAAGGGAAGCAGUUUGUUGGAAAUACACGGGGUGCGAAGGAAGCGGGUCAAAAGGCUAGAAAGGAUGUUGAGAGGGUUGAAACCGAUGAAGAGGAAGACAAGGAAGCAGAAGGGAAUGGAGAUGGAGAGGGCGACGGAGAGGGAGACAAGGGAAAAAAGGACCCGAGGCAAGGAAGAGAAAAAGAAAAGCAGCAAGCUGGAACCAAAAGACGUGCAAAGCAGAAAAAUGGACCUAAUAAGAAACAGGAGGUCAAGCGGACAGGGAAAGAAAAUACCGAAGACGAGGAGCUACAGGACCAAAAUUCUGAUUAUGCAGAAGACACGGAAGAUGCAGAAGAUGAGGAAGAUGAGGCCGAAGGAGAGUCAAAGCGGUAG